GGUUGUAUAUUUCUACCAUUACUCUAAGCAUUUGACAUGUUUAUGCACUAGGUGCUAAUGUCUAAUCCUUUUAAAUUGCAGAAGCUAUUAUUAAUUACUAUAAUACUAUUAUUUAAUGACUAAAGUCAGUAUGAUAAAGGCUAAAAUUGUACCGCUAUACUGUCAUGGGGGAAAAUAUUGCUAGAUCAACAAUCCAAAUGGAGUUAGUUUCUGUUUCACCUAAUUUAAAUCUGGUGUAGGAUUUAAAGUUAGGCACUAUAGUUGAAAAAUACUGGUGUUUCAGAAAAUGUGAUAAUGUGACAAUUGGUUAGUGUUCACGGAUGUUAGUUAAGUUGCUUGUUAAGAACAAGAUGAUUUAAACUGCAGGGCAAAGGCAAGGACAGUUAAUGUAGAGCCGAAACAAACAGUUUAUCACUAGUAGGUCAACAGGAAAUGUAUUUGUAAUGAUUUUGAUAAACGAUUAGUACAUUAAGUAAUUUUUUAAGCAACAAUUCCAAGCAUUUGAUGGUUCUUGAUGUGAGAAUUUACUGUUCUUGUCUUCCUUAUGGUAAGCCGAAUAUCUUUGGGUUGUACACCUAUCUUAUAGGAUCAAGCAAUUUACAGUUUUCUUUUAGUAUUCAAAUGAACAAAUAAUAGAUGAAAUAAUCUGCCGAUUCAUUGAUAAUUUUUUUCUUGUGAACGGGACACAUGUACACCAGAAGAUAUAUUGUGUUUAUUUGUCCAAUAUAAUUGUCCCCUUAUUACAGCUUGUAAUUGAAAACAGCCUUUGAUAAGUAUGGCCUUAGAGGAGAGAGAACUCAUUUUUAGUAAGCCUUUUUUGUGUUGUUUUUUUUCUCUUCCCUGUAGCAAACAUCUCCGCCCACACGCACACUCACACAUAAGAGCCCCCCUCGGGACACGUGCCAGCCAGUCAGCCUACUUGCUCAGGCAGGAACAAGCACUCCUGUAUGAUGAGGAACAGCUGCUCUUCCUCGCCUGCUCACAGGUGGCUGUGGGCUCGCUACUCUGUCCCCAUUAAUGACACAAAUGCCCCCUCCUCCCCCACUUCCUCUCUUUUUCUCUUGGAGGUUAGAUCACAGCUGCUAAUAAUGAGCUCACAUUGCAUUUGUGUUUUUCAGAUCAGAGGUCCCGUUCAAGGACGACAUGACACAGUACAGACGAAUCAGCCUCCCAUCAGUAGCAUUUCCAAAUGUCUUUGUUUUCUUUUUAGAGACUGGUGGUAACAAGUAGAACAGGACAUAACUGGGGAUGUGUGGAGUGAUGAGAGAUAAAUAUAUAUAUAAAUAAUGGUAUUUCUCUCUUUACCAUCUCAGUAUGUCCUCCGUGCUCCAAUUGAGCAAUUUCAAACACACUCUGAGUCAUAGUUCACUUUGUUCCUUUAGGCAGAGUCCUACGCAACACUGCUUUUGCUCGUGACUUCCACUCACAGGCCAAGCCACACGCUGCCUGGUUUGGGUAAUGAAAUUUUUUUAAGGUUCUGUAAUUAUCUUGAAUAUGAUACAGGAGAGUUUUGGGGUUGUGUUGUACAACAGCUUUCUUCUACUGUAAAUACUACCUUUGUAAAAACCUAACAUUGAUACUGUGCAGCGAGGCUGAUUCAACUUAAUUUAUGUUUGUGAUGGUGCCUAUAUGAAGUGGACAAAAUGUUAGUAACCUCCAUUUGUUGCACUACUUUGAUCUUAAAAAAAUUAAUCAGAAUUGAAAUGGCGCACAAACAACUUAAAGAUGCCCUCCAGACAUGUUUUAAGACGUUUCAAAAUACUACUUAAAUACUUCUGAAAAUUAAUAAAUGUGAAGACAGCCUUCUAGUGUCAAACUAGACAGUGAAGGUCGAACAUCCAAGUGACAAAAUUACACAAACAUUUUUGAGUGAAGGUGCAACUAGGUCUCACCAAAAAACUGAUUAUUUUAACUACGGAGGUAUUUUGAGGGGCUGCAGGGCUGUUGUAUUGCACUACAUUUUGGAGGUGUUUCUCUUUUUUUGCGUCACUCAGUGUGUAUCUGUAUCUGAGAACUAGGCCAGGGCAGUGUAAACAUCUGGCUCAGUCCAGUGCUUGCUGCCUGUUGAGAGCCAUGACAGAUGGAAAGGGAGCGUAUGGCUCCAACACUUCCAUCUUUGACCGUGCCGGCAGUUGUCUUCCCAAAAUAGCCUGCACUCCACGGCCAUAUAUGUGCAGGCCGUCAGCAUGUGCCUGAGGAGGAAUCAUGUAUCUAGGCCACAUAAUACAGGCUACAGGCUCAUUGUUGCUGCUUGCCAGCAGGCCUAUCACCGCCACAGGGACGAGGCCUCUUUCUGCCUUGGGACAGCUCACCAUGCAUCUCAGCCAGCUCAACCGUGAAUGUCUCCUCCACCUUUUCUCCUUCCUGGACAAGGACAGCCGGAGGAGUUUGUCCCUCACCUGUCGUCAGCUGCGUAGGGUCUUCCUGGACCCCUGGCUCUGGAAUCUGCUCCACUUCAGCUCCCCAUGUCAGCUGAGGAGGGACAACUUUGUGCUGGGACCCUCAUUGCGCUACUUGACUGUUUGCUGGUACUCCAGCAGGGUCCUGCAAGUGUGUAACAUUGAGGACUGGUUGAAGAGCUCGUUUCAGAAGGACAUCUGCAGUAAACAUGAAAGCCUGGUCAGCACUUUCCUGGCUCAUGUCUGCCACAUGUGUCCCAACCUGCUCUCGCUAACGCUGUCUGGCUGUGGACACAUCACUGACCAGGAUGUGAUCUCCAUGCUGCAGAGCUGCAGGAAGCUGCGCCGCCUCCACCUGGAGAACUGCGUCCGCAUCACUGACAGUAGCCUGGAGGGUGUGGCGGCUCAUGGAGAUAGUCUGGAGGAGGUAACGGUGGACUUCUGCAGGAACAUCACUCAGGCAGGGCUGCUGGCUGUCAGAGAGAAGAGGCCAGGCAUCCAGCUGAGUGCAGAGAGGAGCGCUGAUAUGAUUCCAGACAGCAAGCCUGAGGAGAGGGUAGUGCUCAGGAGGACACUGCAGAAAGUCCUGCAGUUCUCCUAAUGGAAAUGCUUUCCCAUCCUUUUGGACCACAAGGAAGAGCAUUUCUGUAGCAUCUAUCAUUUAAGGACUUGACUGUGAUGUUUUUGUUGAUAUGUGUCUGGAUUUAAUACAAGGGUUUUUGCACAAUUUUUAUAACUUUUUAUACAACACAUGUUGAAUGUGAGUCUUCUUUACAAACGUGCGCUUUUUAAGUCUCUACUCCACAUUAUCCUAACCAGGGAGAAUUCCAGACACACUCACAAUAAAGUCUUGUAGUGUAUACACAGGUGGGCUUAUCAGCAAACACUGAAAUGGAGCAAUUAUAUGAUUCCAUUCUUCAAGGAAUAGUUUGUCAUUUUAGGAAAUUCACAUUCUUGCCAAGAGUUUGCUAAGACAGUCAAUACUAUUAUCACGUCUAUACAGUAAAUAUGAAGCUACAGCCAGCAGCCAGAUAGCUUAGCUUAGCACAAAGACUGGAAAUGGGGGGAAACAGCUAGCCUUACUCUGUCCCGCCUGCCAGCACCUCUAAGCUAAAUUAACAUGUUAUAUUUUGUUGCUUUUAUCCGUUCAAAAACUUAAGUGAAAAACAACACUUCGCCAAACAAAUUCUUGGCCAAGAAAUAGUCACCCUGUAAAAUGGUGUCAUUUUUUAAAACUUUGUUUUUUGUAUGAUAAAAUAAAAGAGACAUGUUGAGUUGAUUAGUGAGCUUUAGAGGUGCUGUUAGACAGAUUUUGUUACCUUUGGUCAGAUGCUAGCUGUUUCUCCCUGUUUCCAGUCUUUAUGCUAAGCCAUACUAACCGACCAGCUGCUGGCUCCAACUACAUAUUGACCAUUUAUAUGUAAGAGUGGUAUCGAUCUUCUCAUCUAGUGCUUGGCAAUAAGGUUGAUAAACAUAUUUCCCAAAAUGUCAAACUAUUUCUUUAACAGCAUUCAAUGGUUUGAAUAAAAUAUAUAUGCGUGGUUGCACUGUGUGCUCUCUCUCUGUCAUGGUAAGACAUCUGGGAGGAAGGAUUCUCUGAGGGCAAAGUGGCCCGAUGCCUGAGCUGUGAUUGGAUUCAUGUUAUAUAAAGACUGUGAGACAUGUGAAAGUAGGUUGAUUAGGGGAGGGUGUCUGCUUUAUUCAACCCUACCAGGACAUGUGCUUCAUAUUUCUUACGCUGGACUUUCCUUUUCAGGGUCCCUUUGAAAGCAUAUUUUUUUAAUUUAAACUGACUGUUUGUUUUUUUACUUGUUGUGUGUGUUUCUUAACAUAUUUAUUAAAUUUGUCAAAAAAUAUUUUCCAUCGUUUUAAUUAAGUUUUUUUUAAAAACAUAUUAUAAUGAUUGUUCAUGUUGAUUAGAUUAUUGGCAUGCUAAUUAUUACAAUAUUAAGUUUUAUAUAAUUUCCACUAAUUGUGUUUAGUAGCAUCUUAAACAUAAUUAUUAAGAUUUUCAUUGGUGCUGUAAUUCAAAAACAAACUUACAUACUAUUUACAUGAUUCUAUGUAGAACCACUACUGAUGCACAGUGAGGCAUUAACAUGUUUGUGUUGAUCCAUUUUUGCAAAAUUGUAGCAACGGUGAUUGUGAAGUGUAUUUUUAAGUGCAGGCUCUUUCUCACAGCAUCAUCAUACGAAGUGUUUUGGGCUAAAUUGCAUUCAGUAACAAUGCCGUAUAUCUGAAUAUACUGUGUACCAUUGUUAGUUGAUCUGAUUUGUGAUAUGUAAUGAACCAAAAUGAACAGAAUUUGAAUUUAAA